AUGCGGGUGAUUCCUAUAUUAUUACUCUCCUUUAUUCUCCUUGUCGUUGCUAACGCCGAAGUUAAAAGUCCAAUUGACUUGACGGCCAAUGUAAAUUAUGAGAAAAGUAAGUUCCCAGAAAUAAAAUUUUUUAUGAAGCGUUAGAACCAACUCCUGUACACGGAAACGAUGACGAUUACGAUGACGAUGAUGACGAGGGAGAUCCGAGCUUCAUUCAAUGUGUGAAAUGCAAAGCAAUUGUUCAGUUCCUCAAAAUGAUCAAUUAUGAGGCGCUAAGCAAGAAGAACAAGGAGGAAUUGAAGGAGUAUCUCGUGAAGCAGUGUGAAAACCCACUUGCUAAAAUCUUCUUGAAGAAAGCUGUAGGUUUCUGACGUCAUUAAUUCUGUGCCAUUAAUUGUAAGGGGCCACGAAAAUGGGCAUAAAAGAAAGGUAGUUGUGUAGGGGUUUUCCAGCAAUAGGGAUCCUUGACAUAGAACAAACAAAAUGGGAUAAAUAUCGGCACAAACUAAGCAUUACUUCAAUUGACACGCUUAGAGUUUUUUGAAUUUUUCACUCUGGAAAGCUUUGCUCGCGCUUUGCAUGCCGUGCUGGAAAUCGUGUGUUCUAGGCUGCUUUUGGCGGAGAAACGACCCUCAAAGACCGCACCAAAGAUGUAAUACUGAAAAAAUGUAAUAUUUUUCAGUGUAAUGAGAUCAAGAACGACGGCCCUCUGCUUGAUGUGAUUUUCCGUUCUCUGCGAAGGUCGCUAACUCAAGUUUAUCGAGCUCUUCGUCCCAGUACUGGUUGCCCAAGAUUUGAGAAGCUGAAGACUUGUGACGAUCCACCGCCAACAGAAGAGCCGGAGUUGCGGCUUCAUUAA